UCCCUCUAUAUAAAUGAGAUAUGACGCGCAAACACCGACUCAAAAGUGCUUUUAUUUUGGUUGUUUUAGGCAUUUGCUUCUCUCUUUCUCUACAUCUUCCUUUUUGCCUUCAAACAAACAAAAAAAUAAAAAAAUGGUGGAUCUUCAGAAAGUAUGCUCCAUGUGCGGCGACGUUGGCUUCCCGGAAAAGCUCUUCCGCUGCUCCAAGUGCUACCACCGUUACCAACACUCGUAUUGUAGCAACUACUAUAGUGAAUUGUCAGAGGGAAUAGAGGUGUGUGACUGGUGUCAAAGUGAAGAAAGAAACAGCAGUUCAAGGCGUGGAAGUUCUUCUAGGAAAUCAUCAGCUGAAGGCAUCAUGAUGAGUAGCAGCAGAUCAGAAUAUCCAGGUGGCGACAAAAUCAAACAGCAAAACCAUGAUCAUCAUAAUCACAGAGAAGAAUCAACGGCUCAUGAUCAAAAACCAAAGAAUAAUCAUGGUGGUGCACCUUCACCUCGUACGUCCACCCGUAGGUACAAACUUCUUAAGGAUGUCAUGUGUUAAAUUAAAAGGAAAAAUAAAUAAAAACUUUUCAUGUGUUUGUUAAUAUUAUGUUUAUCUUCUUCCUUAUGGAUAAUUGUAAGUUUUUUUUUUCUCUUUUGACUAGUAGAGUACUACUUUUAUGGCCCUAUGCUACCUACCUACCUAGAUGAAUAAGUUCUCAAUGUAGCGUACCCUCUCUCUCUAUAUUAUAUGUACAAAUUAGUAGAUGAUAAUUAUGGGUUUACCAUAA